AAAAACAGCAAGCAAGGAACACGUUAUUGUAGAUUAGGCUUUAAGCUUAAUCUACAAUAUGUCAUUGGCUUCCUAUUUCUUUUUCUUGAUCUUUGACUCAAAUUUCAAACCUUAAGCCUUAAACUAAAAAAAAAGAUAGAGAACAAGAGAACAGAAAGCAAAGAGCACACUGUAGAUUAGGCUUUAAACACUUAAUUCGUGUACGUUGGUCGUGUGUAUUAGAAUCUGUCUAUUUCUCUGUAGCUCCAUUUUCUCCAAAUUUCACUUUUUUUUAUUUAAUUUCCUCAUGAAUCGUAUUUGAAAACGGAAAUUUAAAAUUUCGUUCGCGACGCCACAAUAAUGGACUUGUCGAUCUCGGCCGCGAUAAUCGAUAGUCAAUUUGAUCGCCGGGGUGCUACGUUUGAAGAUGGAAUUCGGCAUACUUCAGGAGCGUGGCGCGGCGCGGCGCGGCGCCGGGCGCUUCGCGCGAGUUCGGUCGUUUCCGGCGGCGGUCGGGCCGGCGCCGCGCGCGGUGUUUGCCGCACCGUCCGUCAGUGCUCGCUGCGACUCGAACCGGGUAGGACGUUGGCGUGCGUACGUUAGCUUGGCCGGCUGACGAUAGACAAUCCUCCGUCGUGCGGUAACCCAGAGGCUUAUUAUUCACGAGCUACGCACGGAUAAGAUAGAAGGAGAGAGAGAGACGGUGCGAGCAUUUCCGCGUAAGUAACGUAACGCAGCGUUCGGUAUUCGCGACGAGUGAGAGAGAGAGAAGGAAGAGCGUUUUCGAGAAGUGCCGCACACGUUGCUUGCGUUGUGUCACGGCAUAAUACGACGCACAAGAGUCGCGCGAUCGCGAGAAGGACAGACAGGUCGAAGGAGAGAAAGAGGCCGAUCAGGAGCCGGAGGGCGUGCAGGAACGACGGAGAGACAGUGAGCGGGUUGCCGCGGAGAAAGGAAAGGCGGAAAGGAUCACGCAUAUUCGGACAACAUGGCCACCACGAUCGACGACCGGCAGGAGCUGCUGGAGCAAUUUCAAGCGAUCGACGCAAAUGGAGACGGCUUCAUCAACGUCACCGAGCUGCGGAACGCAUUGGACGUGUGCGGCUUCAAGAUGCCGGGCUACAAGGUACGCCAGAUGAUCGAGGAGUACGACGAUAAACAGCAGCUAGAGCACAAAGGUCGGCUCUCGUUCGAGGAGUUCGAGAAGCUCUGCAAGGAGCUGAAGGCCAACGAACUCGGCUCCACGUUCAAGCAGGUCGUCUCGAAGAAGGAGAACCUCGAGACUCUGGGCGGAAUCUCCGAAGCGUCCAGCGAGGGUACCACGCACUCUGUUAGGCUCGAGGAACAAUUAGCGUUCAGCGACUGGAUCAACACUAAUCUGUCGCACGAUCCCGAUUUGAAGCACCUGUUGCCGAUCGAUGCCGAAGGAAAGACGCUCUAUGAGAAAGUCAAAGACGGAAUAUUGCUCUGUAAAAUAAUCAAUCAUUCCUGCCCGGACACCAUAGACGAGCGGACUAUCAACAAAAAGAAUCUGACGCUGUACAAGAAACAUGAGAACUUAACGCUGGCUCUGUCCUCGGCCCAGGCUAUAGGCUGCAAUAUCGUAAACAUCGACGCCCACGAUCUCACGAAAGGCUCACCACAUUUGGUGCUUGGUCUGCUAUGGCAGAUCAUCCGAAUCGGUCUAUUCAACCAGAUCACUUUGGAGAACUGUCCCGGUCUGGCCACGCUUCUGCAGGACGGUGAACGUAUCGAGGAUCUGCUGAAGCUCUCUCCGGAGUCAAUUCUGCUCAGAUGGGUGAAUCAUCACCUGGAGAACGCCGGCAUCGCCAGAAGGUGUAACAACUUCCAAUCCGACAUCACGGACUCUGAGAUCUACACCUAUCUCAUUAAGCAGAUUGCACCCAGCACAGCUGGUGUCACCUUAGAGGCGUUGAUGGAACCGAAUCACAUGUCCAGGGCUGAGGUCAUGCUUCAGCAAGCGGCCAAACUAGGGUGCCGCAGUUUCGUCACACCGAGUGAUGUAGUGAACGGUAUCUACAAGCUCAAUCUGGCUUUCGUCGCCAAUAUGUUCAACAAUUAUCCUGGACUCGACAAACCCGAGAGCAACAUCGAAGGUCUAGAGUCGUUGGAGGAGACGAGAGAGGAGAAGACUUACAGGAAUUGGAUGAACUCAAUGGGCGUGAUGCCGCACGUUAAUUGGCUUUAUUCUGACCUAGCUGAUGGUCUGGUGAUAUUCCAGCUUUACGAUAUCAUCAAACCAGGCACGGUGAACUGGAAUAAAGUGCACAAGAAGUUCACCAAGCUCAGGAAAUUCAUGGAAAAAUUAGAGAACUGUAAUUACGCUGUCGAACUAGGCAAGCAGAUGAACUUCUCAUUGGUGGGCAUUGCUGGGCAGGAUCUCAACGACGGAAAUGCGACACUCACGUUAGCACUGAUCUGGCAAUUAAUGAGAUCGUACACCUUGUCGAUUUUGACAUCUUUAGCCGGCACCCAAGGCAGCACCCUCGUCGAAAAGGAAAUAGUCCAAUGGGUCAAUUCAAAACUGCAAGCAGCGGGCAAGUCCAGCAGUAUUAAAGGAUUCCAGGAUUAUGCGAUAUCAGACGGCAAGGUCGUAAUCGAUCUCAUCGAUGCCAUCAAGCCUGGCUCGGUGAACUAUGAUCUCGUGAAAGAAGGCGGAACCGAGGAGGAGAGCCUGGACAACGCGAAGUACGCGAUAUCCUUGGCCCGGAAGUGCGGAGCGCGCGUUUACGCGCUGCCAGAGGACAUCACCGAAGUGAAGCCGAAGAUGGUGAUGACUGUGUUCGCCUGCCUAAUGGCAAUGGACUACAUCCCCAACAUGGACUCCGUGAAGAACCAGCAGAACAACAUGAACAACAUGAACAACGGCCAAUAAUGUCGCGCCACCCACAGCGACGACGUGUUCCCACCUCCACGUGCCGUCACUUUUGUACACAACGGACUUUCGACUGGCGACGGGUCACGCCUUGCGUCUCUUCCACGAGCGUAAUAACUGUAUAUAUGUAGGCUAGGUUAGCUUGUUCUUUCGAAGAGAGAGUCUACUAGGAAAGAAUCCACAAGACGAGAAGGGGAAGCCCCUAGGAAAUCCCGACGACGACGAGAUCGGUUCUCGUUCGCUCAUCAAACGAGUAUCGCGAGCGUAUACGGAUUCGUUUUCGCAUUCCAUUGUCACUCGUGAAGUAACUGUGCCGAUAUCGGAUACAGGAUGUUAGUCUGACUUCCCGAUUUCCGUCGUUAGGCUGGACUGAUGGGCUAGAGGAAUUCGUGAAGAGAAGCGAGAAGAUUGCGUUAUAUAUUUAGUUGGGUGAGGAAAAUGCGUUACCGUGAAUCUUGGAUAUCUUUCGAUUGAGAAAUUUAUGUAUAACAUCUCGACGUAUGCUGUAUGUACGUAUGUAAUAAUUCUGCCAUUGGAUAAAGCGGCAUUAACGGUACUUUGGGUGUGUGAACUUGAAAAUUAAGAGACACUUUAAAUAGACAGGCUCUCGUAGGCGUUGAAACGCGACGACGGAUACAUUGGAUACAAUGCUUCGGACCGGUCUCGGGGUAUCCAAGGUACACGAUGGGUCCAGUAUUUUUUUCGUGCCAGAAGUAUGUCUUUUCUUACGAUACAGACGGAAACCGCGCGGGCAAAUCGUCGUUGCCGCAUCGGAUUGCCGUUACACGAGCUCUCGACACUUUUCUACGACGUGCGACUGAUUAUCGUGUCUUACCCGCACCAACGUGGGAUUCUCCUUCUCCGUUGUUUUAGCAACGAUCAUAUCACUCGUUUCCACACUACUCGGUGUACCGCGGCAGAUUUGUAUAAAUCGAUUUUAUACCGAAAGAACACUUCGCCGCGAAGCGACCAAAUAGAGAGAGCACAUUAGGAACGACGUCGCGAGAAAUAUUCCCUGUGCGCGUUCGCAAGUAUUUCCCACCAUACAACAAAGCGCCUCGGACCUUGAAUCGCGACGUGAUUGAAAAGCAGUUCGAAUGCGCGUGAUGCAAUCAAAAUGUCGAAUAUUCAAGUACAAGAUGAGCGAUGAUCUCCCCCUCGAAAUUUUUCCUCGAAGAAAUUCCCGUCGAAAACUCAAAGGUACCGGGGUGCCCCGCGUACAUUUUCACCGGGCAGAUCGUCGGGCGCGUACUAGAUACCCAGAGUAUUCACCGAGAUAGUUUAAUGCUCGAAUUAUACAGCGCAGUCGUGAAAUAUACACUUAAUACGAGGUAUACAUACGAGUUUGAUAUAGCGAUAGACGUAAAAGAUUUGUGAUGUAUUUAAACUGUUAUAUUUUACACACCACACACGCUCUCAGUGAAUCACGUGAUGUCUGUCGGUAACGGUCUAAUCUCUUUUUUGGCUCCGUUGUGUCGUCUGUUAGCGGAUUUUACAUCCAGCGUGAUUCGCGCGCACGUGAAGCCUAUACCAAAUUCCCAUACGUCGUAUUUUACAAACGCAUCGCCACACACGAGGAUACCGAUAAAUUUUUCUACAUUCCGCGCGGCUCUAACCGAAAGAGAAGAAUUGCAGUUUCUGGGAUAAGUAGGUGAGGAGAAAGAGAGGAAGGAGGAAGGCCUUUAAAUGCUUUAUCUUUGAAAUUUGCUGUUUCCACGCUAUUAGCGAGAUAAUAUCUUCUAUGUCACUAAUCAUAUAUAUUCAAGAGGCGUCAGUCGAUGAUGAGUCGAUGAUUCUCGCCGCCGCAGGUGACGAAAACGAUGCGGCAGGACGCGAUAAGGCAGAAAAAAAAUAUUAUAAUCGUGCCAUUGUGAGUAGCCGAGGUAAAACGCGAUCCGAUGUUUGCAUGGUAUCUAUAAUCGAUUCGGAUUAAAAAGAAGAAAGAAACGUACUUACGCAUCUAACUCUAGCGAACGCUGAAACGAUAUGUUCGCGAAAAUUAAUCGCGAGGUUAAAAGGAAAUGACUGAAACUCUUUUUGAUGAUUUUUUUCAGAGCGUUAAAGCCUGUGUUGUAUCGCAUAUAUUUGUUAAAUUUGCGCUCGCGUCAAAUUUUAAAGACUGCCGUGUAAGAGAGGCAGGGGGUUAACACGGACAUUUAUUAGAAACGUAGCAUACUUUUGCGGUCGAAUAAGUUUCACUGACUUAAGUUACGACGGAUCAUUGGUUACAUAUUAUCUACAACUGUUAGGCUGAUUAGUUGCGUUGCGAGGUACGAGAAAAUUGUCUAUAUAUCGAAUAUGUGUAAGACAAGAAGUGCAAUGUGUGUAUUAUCGAUUUGUAUAUAUCGAUUUGCAUUGAUCCUCCAAAUUUAUUCAAUUUGUUGUCAUUAGAUUCAUUGUGUGUCUUUUCAAGGUAUGGCAUUAUUGUCCCGAGGAGAGAGCAAACGGGAAUAGCUAAAUAGACGUGUGACUACAAUGUGUUGAUUGUAACGUGUAACACGUAGGAAGAUAAAGGGAAAGGAAUGUUAUUCGAGAAAAAGGGAGAAGCCGAGGGAAUGGAAUUACACGAGACGCGAGCUCGAAGUGUUUGCGUCGGUUUAGAUCAACGCAGAAUUGUGUUGGAUUGAAUACGCGCGACUCCUAAAUUUUCGAGGGCCAUUUGCAAUUCGACUAAUUAGAGCUAAGUAUAUCGCGAUCAAUGAAAUAACUUUGAAUUCGCGAUAAUCAUUGUAUACGUAAAUUUCACGUAUAGACACACACGCGCACGCACACGUACGUAUAUACGCACACUCACGACACGUGUAUUCAAUUUCUCUCUCUGUGUGUGUGUAUAUAUAUGCGCGUAUGCGUAUGUGAACAUGAACAUGCGUCCAUCGUUCUAGUUAUAAUUUAAUGUACGCGUAAUUUAAAUAAAACAAAAUUUAUUAUGUA